CUGUCCCCAGAAUUCACAUCACUGCGUAGGGUUGAUUGUUCAAUCCAUAUUUCGAGCAUCACCUACCCAAAUUAGGUGUGUGAGGGUUAGAUACUAACCUAGGAUGAACCUUGAAAGGUAGGUGGUUGUACUCGCCGGAAAACAUCCUUCAAGGAGGCUGUUUUCAUAUCUAUUGUUAGAGGACGAGCCAAUACUUGGAGGAGGUCAUAUAGCUAUCAUUUCUAAGCAAGGAAUCAGUUUCCAAACGACUUUGGCCGAAGGUUUGGGUGUUGGAUUGGAAGAUGGCAGAUUUGAGUUUAAUUGAGGCAUAAUACUUUCUUAGGAAUCGGGCUGUGAUAUGCAUGGUGAUGCACUUGAGUCGAGUUCUAAGAAAUGCACGGUGAAGUAUUAGAUUCGGGUUCCGUGAUAUGCAUGGUGAUGCACUUGAGCCGAGCUCUAAGAAAUGCACAGUAAAGUAUUAGAUUCGUGUUCAGUGAUAUGCAUGGUGAUGUACUUGAACCAAGCUCUAAGAAAUGCAUGGUGAAGUAUUAGACUCGGGUUCUAUGAUUUGUAUGGUGAUGUACUUGAUCCGAGCUCUAAGAAUGCAAGAUGACGUAUUAGGGUUGAACUCUAUGAUUGUCGUGACCAGUAGUCACGGGGAAUAGGGAUGGUUUUUUCAAAAUGAACAUGGGCCCACAGGCCGACUACUUGACUUUAUAUAAAGUAAGUAUAUUUUCAAACAUGGUAAGAUAGGGUUACAACCUAGAUUAUACUAUCACCCAAAUUGAUGGCCUUGUGUUUGAAAUACUUGUUGUAUACUCCCCCGUCCCUUAAAACUUUGCCAUCUUUCCUUUUUGGGACGUCCCAAAAAACUUUGCCACUUUCCCUUUUAAUCAAUUAUUUUGUGGUUUCUGUUAUUUCUCUCUCCUCUGCAUAAAUCUCAACCACACAGUUUUUACUUUAUUAUUCUCCGUGCCGGUCAACUUUGGCAAAGUUUUAAGGGAUGGAGGUAGUAUAUAUUAGAUACCAUCCACAUCGGUACUUUAUAGUUUCGAGAAAGUACUGACCCCUUCGGGGACAUCCCACCACCAUUUCUGGUUGAUGUUAGGGCUUGCUACAUGUAUGUACCCGUUGCUCGGGUGAUCUUUUGGAGGAGACGUGGUUCGUGCUUCCUCCGUUUUUUUAAACAAUAAUAAACUUCCUCAUAGAUAUUUUUACUUUAGAGCUUGUGUGCUCAUGUUUGACCUGUGUGACAUUUGAUUUUAAACUAUACUUUCCGCUGCGUAUUGAAUUGCUUAUUAUGCUUAUUUAUGGAUGACUUAUGUGUGAAUGAUAUUCAUGAUGCCUUGUAUAAUUUGGAUAAGCUUGACUAUGGUUGACUUAUCUAGAUUGUACGACGGUUGUUAGCGUGUCUGGUGAGGUCCGGGAUGUGGCAGUAAUGAACCAGGGUCGAUCAUUUGACGUAACCAGCGUCAGUCGGACCAGUUUCCUAACCUCCCGAUUUCUUGGAGGUGAGAGCUAAGAAAUUUCAUUUGGUCUGAUUUUUGAUCAUUUAUAGACUAAAAGAUGCCAAUCUUUGGCCUAUAUAAACCCACAUUUCAAUCCCUUAAUGAUCACCAAUUCCAUAGAUUAAUUUGUAGCUUUUAUAUUUUUGUCUUACGGAGGGAAGAUUAUCCUACAAAAUCAUUUGUGUUGAGGUAUUAUUUCUUUUGUAAUUUCAUAUUUCAUUACAUUUAGUUAUUAUAUUGUGAUUAAUAUGAGCAUUAGAGGCUAAUUUCUUAGCUAAGGCUAGGGAUGAAGAUCUAUGCAUACUAGGUGUUUGAUAAAAGUUAUAAACCAAUAAAUUGUGAUUUAUCAUUUAUACUUUGAUUGUUUAUGGCUAUGGUGUACAACAAAGAAGUAUGUUAAAUUUAGUGUAUGCUUGCAAUGAACGUUGAGGUCUAAAGUAUGAGUAUUAAAGGAUAAAAUUUAUAGUACCUAGAAUAAAAAUGUAUCUGGUCUUAUAUGAUACCGGUGUGAUGUCUUGAUAUUCAACAAGGUUACAGUAGAUGAAUGUUAGCCGUAACUGGACAUACAUGUAUUGAAAAUCACGUUCCCGCUUCUUUAGCCGGAAUUGGAAUAUGUUAGUGACAUCGUAUUCAUAAUUAAUGGGGAAAAACUAGUAAUAAAUCCUAUUAAAGCAUUUAGGUGAAUCCUAAUUGCCUUAAUAAUUCUCAUUCUUGUUUAAACCAAUAUCAAAGAACAAAGUUUCUGAAAAGUUACAUCAUUUAUAUACUUUGCACGCAAUACUCAAACAUUAUAAUAUCAACCAUUUCCUGUGGAUCGACCCGGUAUUUACCGAUAUUUUAUUACUACAUCGGCGCUAAUAGUAUACUACAAAAGUUUUUUUUUUGUUUUUAUCGUAAUAUACUAAAGAAGAUUAAAAAGGGCUAAAUAAAAUAUAUAGAUAUAGUAAAGAAAGGAUACCUUUUAUAGUUGUACUCGGCGUGCUUGCAUAUUUAAAGUGUUGCAUAAUAAACUCAUCAUCAACGCUAUCAAACACAUCACAUUCUACUUAAUUUUGCUACUCAAUCUUCUUAAUUUUCAUCGCUGAGAAAGCUCUUUCAAUCUUGGUGGUAGCAACAUGUAAAUUUAGUGCUAACUUUAGAAGUUAAUUAAUUAACUGAUAGACACAAUGUUUCCCUGUCUUCGCUAACAUCUUUGUAAGGUAAGCAAUUCCUUUCAACUUUGAAAAUUUAUCAUUUCUUCGCAUAUCAAUAAUAUAAUUUCCAACCUGGUUUUCAAAAACUACCAAAACCAUACUUGAGAAAUCACUUUGGAUAAAAUGUAGCAAACUCAAUAAACUUGAUCUUGUCAAAUGCUUCAAAGGACUUGUCUGGACUCAAGCACCUCAAACAAAGAAGCAACAUAGCGUUGGACUCCUAAAACGGUAAUUAAUUAGUUCUUGAAGUUACAUAUUCAUAAUUGUAUAAAACAGGUCAUACCGAUAAUGCUCCCAAUAUUUUAUAUCCUUAGGUUUGCGUCUCGAGUCCCGACAUGCCCUUUGGUUUAAAUUUAUUUUCCAUAUUAGAAUUGUCAAGACCAUGGACUCUGCAAAACACAGACACUUCCUCCUAUAAUGGAUCCCACCCUAUAAUGCAUUCCAGAUAUCUUUAUCCUUUUUUGCAUUGCUUGAGAUGGUUCAUUUGUAAUUCCCAAGACAUUUUUCAUCAAAUGCAAAAAGAACGCAAAAUCAAAAGUUUGUAUAGAGUCUAAAUGUCGCCUAGCUUCACCCUUUUGAUCUGAAGUCACCCAAUCUUCUUAGAUAACUUCAACGACAUCAAUCAGUGAGGAAUACAUUUGAACUAAGCUAAUCAAAUUGCCAUAGUUUGAACCACAAUGAGUUUCACCACUUCACUUCAAAUCAAUUCCAUAAUUCAUGCCUCGCUGAGUAUGAAUUUCACCUUUUUCAAUUCCUUCUUUAACUCUAGCCACAUGUGUUUGUUAGAAAAUUGAUGUAACGUAUCUCUAAAGUACAAGAACAGAAGUUUAAAGUUUUCCCUAACAGAUCUUCCCUAAUUAUGAAAAAACAACGAAUAUAACAAUAAUAAUAUAUCUGAGUUAGAACUUACGGUUCUUCCAGCCUAGCGGUCAUAAUCCUUGAUCUUAUGUAUCCAUGUGAUUUCUCCUUUCCGAAAGAAAGGAUAGAUCUCUCAAAGAGAAAUGCUAGGAAAUCUCUUCGCAUGGAAAUAAACAGGUAAUACUGAAUUUAGAAAGCUAGCUCCAAAUUAUGAAGGAGGAUGAUGCAUUUAUACUAAUUCUAAACCAGUUUACCAAUUACCAGUCACAAUGAAAGUCUUUCUCAUUAAUGAGUUCUAGUCCUACCAGGAUCAAUACUUAUCAUUAAUUAAAUAAUCAGAUAAAAUAAAAUAAAAUAAAAUAAUAGCCAAGUAGGAAGAGGGCCAGGCCACUCCUCCCAUCCUUACUAUUAUUUAUUUUUUCCUUUUCCUUUUAAUUCUAAAUUGAAAAAAAUAUGAAUUUAUUUAAUAAUAAAUAAAUACAUCUUGAUUAAGUAUAAUAAACCUAAUUUAUCUUACUUAAUUAAUUCUAUCAAAUAGAACUCUCCAUCAACAUCAUAAAUUAAAUAUAGUUUAAUCUAAUUAAAUUUUAAUCUAUUUUCAGUAUUACAAAUUAAAUAUUAUUUAAUCUAAUUAAUAUUUAAUUCCUUCUUACAAUUCAAUCGGAAGGUAUAAUCACUUGUUGUGUGAUCCAUAGGGCAUUAUAUAUUAAGCACUAAUCAAAUUUAGGUCUUAGCAAAUCCCUAGAUGAUUCUCAAGACAAACUUAAUAUAUAAGGAAGUUUGUGAGGACUAUUAAAACUCAUUGUAUUAUAGAGCUCAUAGUGAUACAGUCCUUUCAUUCAACGAACAUUCAAAUAAGUCUAGAACAUGAUAUUGUGUUUAUUCCAAUAACUUAGUCUCUAUCUCUCAAUCUUUCUAGAUGAUCCAUACUGAUCAUAUUCGAUAUCCAAAAUGAAUAUAUCUUUGCAUUGGCCAAUGACUUUAUGAUCCAUCUAGAUAUGAGAAGUAUAAUGUUCUCUCUUAAUCUAUUAUGAGUAAUGAAUCCUUUCUUGGCUCAACUACUACUCCAUGUGCUUCAUGAUGUACCCAACACAUGCCGUAUCUAACCUGAUUAGAGUGCAAGCGUUGGUCAUGGUCAAAGUAUAUCACUCCGCACAUGUAGUACGUAUUGACCUCAAGUCGGAGGACUAUUACACUAUUCUAUACGCUGAUUAUCCCAUAGACACAUGAAUAGAACUUAUUAAAUGGUUUCUCGGUGGGUAUGUCAAUAUUCUCUAAAAUAUCUAUGUGACCAUCAUGAAUUACAGGAACUCAUAGUUGUGAGAUCAACUAUACUUUCUAAAAGUAUGGUGCAGUCCACAUACCAAUCUUAUCGCAUAUCAUUUAUAUCAUUUUCUUGAUGAUCAUUGAUUUUAGGACCUUAUGUCAUACUACUUCCGUCCCUUAACAUUUUGCCAAAGUUGACCGGUACGGAGAAUAAUAAAGUAAAAAUUGUGUGGUUGACAGUGACGGAGCCACCCUUUGGCCAGUGGUGUCAAUUGACACCACUGGAUUUUAUUUUUCCAUAGGUAGGUAUAUAAAAAAAAUUUAAAAUUUAAAAAUGACAAAACUGAAAAAUAAAAAUUCUCUAUAUAGGUAUAAAUAAUCUUUCAUAAAUUAUAUAUUGACACCAUCCAACAUUUAAAAAAGUGGGGGUCAAUUUAAAAAGUUUAAAAGUUGGAACACCAAAUUGAAAAGUCAGCAAAGGCAAGGAGAAUUGAAAAGUCAGCAAAGGCAAUUGCAAAAAGGAAAAAAGCAAUUGAUUCUGAAUUUUCCAAGCACGGAUUGAGCUUUUCUAGAUUACGAGGACAAGGUUAUGAUGGGGCUAGCAACAUUGAGUGGUGAAUUCAGUGGUUUGAAAAGUUUAAUCUUGAAGGAAAAUGAGUGUGCAUUUUAUGUUCAUUGUUUUGCUCACCAACUUCAAUUAACUCUUGUAGCCGUUGCAAAAGGUGAAGAUUGUGUUGCUUCUCUUUUUCAAAACAUAAGAACUUUACUAAAUGUUGUUGGAGCUUCAUGCAAACGGUAUGAGAUGCUCAAAGAGAGUCAAGCUAUUAGAGUUGUUGAAGCAUUAAAUAAUGGCGAGAUUUGUAGUGGAAAAGGAUUGCAACAAGAGCGUAGCCUCAAAUGUGCUGGUGAUACACGAUGGGGUUCUCAUUAUGGUACGUGUCUCAACAUUAUUAUCUUGUUUUCGUCUAUCCUUGAUGUGCUUGAGAAUGUGGCUGAACAUGGUUCAAAUUCUGAACAACGAGUUGAAGCUCAAACACUCUUGCAAUUGGUCCAAUGAUUUGAUUUUGUUUUCACCUUACACUUGAUAAAGAGUGUUCUUGGAAUAACAAAUGAGUUGUCAAAAUGUUUGCAAAGAAAGGAUCAGGAUAUUGUUAAUGCUAUGGAAUUGGUUAAAGUUGCCAAAGAACGAUUGCAAAAUUUAAGAGACGGAGGAUGGUAUAUUCUCUUUGGUGAAGUUUCUUCAUUUUGUGAAAAGAAUAAAAUUUCAAUUCCAAGUAUGAAUGAUUUUUAUGUACCUCAAGGGAGAGUCCGUCGCAAAGUUAUCCAAAUCACAAACUUAAAUCGUUACAAAGUGGACUUGUUCUAUGUUGUGGUGGAUAGACAACGCGAAGAAUUGAACAAUCGAUUCACAGAAAUUACUACAGAAUUGCUUCUUUGUGUGGCUUGCCUUAGUCCUAAAGACACUUUUUCAUCUUUUGACAAGGACAAGUUGAUUCGUAUGGCUCGAUUAUAUCCUUUUGACUUUUCACCGGUAGAUGUUCUUGCUCUUGAUAGUCAACUUGAAACUUUUAUUCUUGAUGUGCGCUCCAACUCUGCAUUUAUAGAUAUUACAGAAGUUGGUUGUCUUGCUCAAAAUUUGGUGGAGACAAAGAAACAUAUUGUGUAUCCAUUAGUUUUUUUACUUGUGAAAUUAGCUUUGCUUUUACCGGUGGCCACCGCAACCGUGGAAAGAGCUUUCUCAGCCAUGAAGUUCGUGAAGAACAGGUUGCGCAAUCGAAUGGGGGAUGCUAUGAUGAAUGAUGUCUUAGUUACUUUUAUUGAAAAAGAUAUAUUCAAAAGUGUUGACAAAUAAAAAAUUAUACAACGUUUUCAAAAUAUGAAAACGCGUCGUGGACAGUUGUGACUUAGUACUUUAAUUUUACUAAUGACAAUAUUUGCUUUUUUGCUUU